CUGUAAAUGCCUUUGCCAGAUGUACUAUGGACUAUGGAGGAGGACAGACGGAACUUGUCGCCCAACUUACCUGGACGAAUAUCAACAUCCCAUGGCAAUGUUUGUUCUGUAAACAUUGUUUCUAAAAGGCUUGUAGGAAUACAAGCAGGCAGGCUUUUCUUUAAAGAUGCUGCUUUGGAAUAAGUUUAACGGAAAGUUUUAUUAGGUCCACUUAGAUUCUAGAUUUACUUCAAAUCAAAGCCCGACCUUCGCCUGUGGCGUGUGAUGAUAUGAUAUUGUGUUGUUGAUCAUUGCGACAUCGCCGGGCGGCAUUGAAUUACUUUGCGAUGCAGUCUCUCUUGUCUUGAGAUCCAAAUCCAGAGUUUCGAUCUGGAUCUAGAUUGUAGAUCUAGAUCUCGAUUUUGAUCCUGUCCAGGAUCCAAUUUUGUAAAAAGAGUUGUCCCAGCUGGAACACAUGUCACAGUCUGUCAAGAAAGCUUUUGGAUUUGUUUGGAAGACCAUGAUGCAGCAAUUAAGUCAGGACAGCACGGAUGAGGAUCGUCCUCUAGAGGACGUCCGUGCCGAAAUUGUUGAGCUCAUUCGGACUGGACAGGACCCUGCAGACGUCAUGGAAGAACUGAUUUUACAGGACUAUCAGUUGAAUGACAAAUAUGCCAUUCUGGAUGUGAAGCAGCUGCUUAAGUGGAAUGAUGAGGGGAUGCAGGGCCUCCAGCAUGUCCAGCAAGCCCUUGGUUUUAUCCUGAAAUAUGCCAGACAUUUGACCAAGGCGUUGCCCGAGAGGAGCCAGCAGUGGCGGGAGAUUCGUUUCACAAACGUCCACGUGGAAAGCAAAAUAAAACCCAUGAAGGGUUUUGAGGCAGUAUUAGAGCAGCUGGGAUACACAGAGCCUCACCAGCACGGGCUGCGCUUUCCAGAUGGCUGCGAACCUGACGUCAGACAGGUCCAUAACAUUAUCGCAGACAUCAUCCUGUUCCGGAAGGAGUUGGGGAUCUAUAUUCAGGGCAACCACCCUCACCACGAUUACAUUGACAGCUUGUUAACACAGAACACAAAAGAUGAGUUAUUAGCCUUCAAGCUAUCCGGACAGCAGUGUGAUGAGGAGGAAGGAAUGGACAUGUCAUUAUUUCCUCCCACGAGACAAGAUACGUAUCGCAGGCCUUUGAGACCGGCUCCGCCCCCUCCAGUCCAGAAUGUUCUUCCUGCCAACAGUCUGGAAGGAGGCGCUGCCACUGUCAAGCAGUCCUCUUCUGUUGACACUAUACAGGCCUCGGCAUCAGUGGUAGAAACAGGGAAUGACAACUUUGGGAUGUCGGGCAAUGUGCUGUUGGAUCCGGACAAAACUGAAGUUGUUUCGUCUACAGCCCAAGAAAACACUGAGGAGGAGGUCGUUGAGUGCAUUCAGGAUCUUGUAGAUGCUGGUCCAGACCUGCCUACUGGGUUGAACAGCAGUGGAGGGCAGCAUACAUCUUCCUCCUCCUUUAUCUCCAAACUAGUCUGUGAUGUAUGUGGAGACGAUGCUGUUGCUUUCUGUGUGGAGUGUCAGCGAAAAACGUUGUGUGACGGCUGCAACGUUCGGUGGCAUCAGCACCCCCACCGACGAGGGCACAAGAUCCAACAGAUCAGCACGGUGUCCAGCUUUACGCUUGACGGGGAUGGCUCUGGUGUUCUCAUUGACGGGGCCUACGGCGUUUCUGCACAGGACAAGCAAGGGCCACAGAGGGUAAAAGUUCCAUCUCGCAAGUCCCCAAGGAACUCAGAUUCACCUUCCCAGCCUGAUGCGGACUAUCAGGCAAAUACGAUGAUUCCUGACCAAAUAGCUGCAGGGAAUGACUUGUAUCCAGGUCCAAGUGACCACCAGCUUCUAGACUACCAGCAGCACUUGCACCAGCAGUCCCGACCCCACACCCCAACCCCUCAGCUCCCUGGUUAUGUUGGUGGUCGUCAGAUGGCCGGUCAGUUCCGCUCUGAGGCGCCGUACCCCUCAAGCCACUAUGCUUCACCUGUGGUCGGUGGGAACGUGCUCGGCCACACUCCCCCGGGCCCGUUCUCUGCCCAGCCAAACCAGAUGUACCCGCCUCAGCACCAGGUUUUGAUGGGAGCUCAUGGUGCUGGUGAGCAGCCUGGCCUGUACGGUCUUGAGGGGCUGGUGUAUCCCUCUAGAGUGCCUUACACUCAUACUUCUGCUGCCACAGGACCCAACAUGCAGCAGAUGCUCCCACAAAUGCCAGAAUACAUUGCACAACAAAUACACAAUCAGAGUGCCAAGACAGCUCAUCCAUCCCAGGGCCACUUCAACAUGAUCAACAACAACAAUAGCAACGCUGCGAAUAAUCCGCUGUUGUAUGGCGCAAACCGCUUGGAUCCUGCCAAAUCUCAGCCACCAUAUCCAUAUCCAAUGCAAGGCUACCCCCAGACAGAUACCUACCCGAUGCAGUCACUUUAUCCUGCGACUCGGAUCCAGCCUCACCCAAACUCGGAGCGUCUAAGUUAUCCCUACCCUGGUGUUGUUCCAACCGUAGGCAGUUCGUCCUUGUGCUAUAUGGAAUACCCCAGUCAGCAAAGGCCGUUGUUAGCGCCAGAGCUGGCUGGAAACCCUGUAGCCAUGGGUGGUGGCACUUCUUUGGCACCCUAUCCCAGUCAUAUGCAUCCAGUAAACAACUACGAUGUCAAAGAGAGAAGACCAUCUCUUCAUUCUUCUUCUUCUUCAGUGUCUACCUCUAGUGUUUCUCAGUCCAAGUUUGUUGCCCGUUUGAUGCAGGAGAGUGAUCCUGAAACGAAGAGGAGAAAAUGUGAAUUGCACAUUGAAAAUUUACAGGCUGACAUACAAGAUUUGGAUGCAGAGAUAAAUGACAGAAUGACAGAUGACGAUAAUGAGUUUAUUGAGAGUGAGGAGUUCAAGGACAUGUCUAAACGCAAAAGUUGCCUGAUGAAAGAGAAGAAAAUGCUGGAAAAUUUUAGAAAACAAAUGGACGAGGAGACACAGGUGGUCAAACUCAACCCACAACUACACCGACAUUUGCAAUUUCAAAGAGCGGCAGCUCAGCAAACGAUUUACUAUCCUCCAAGUCUGGACCAGCCGAUUGCAAAUUUGGUGAACGUGCACGGAAGUGUCAAGUCACAACCAGAUGCAGCCGCUCCGGCCUCCAAUCACGUGUUGACAGGGACGGUGCCUCUGGCUGAGGUCUCCUCCUCCACUGACAGGGUUCAGGGUCAACCGAGGGAGGAAAAGAUCCUCAAUACAGCACCUCAGCAGGUCUCACAGACGCCUCCAAAGAAAGCUCCACACGGACCACCCCCUCCGAGGCCGCCCCCAAUUUCAGCCGUGUCCUCCACGGCAGGGGCAAUCCGGCCGCCAGUUCAGGCUGCAAAAGUUCCCGUAGAGAACAGCUUUAGCGAUGAAACGAUUCCCGUCGCUGUUGAGCCAAGGGUUGCUCCCCCUGCUUUACCCCCGAGACCGAAUAUUCCCCCUCCUUCUGCUGCCUGGGAUGACAGACUGGAUAUAACAUUUCCCCCACCCAAAAUUUCAAAUACUGAAAUUGUCAAGCCUAAGCCAUGGCACUGUGAACAUUGCACCUUCAUCAACCAAGCCUCCAGCCAUGCGUGUGAAAUGUGCCACAAAACAUCGGACAACCCACAGCUUGUGAGCAUCACCAGCAGCAUGUCACUGAGCAGUGAAAUCAGCACCACUGAGUUGGAGGAGCAGACAAGCGAUGAAAAUUCUGAGUUUGGUAGUGACCGUUUCAUUGCCAUGCUGUCGGAGCUGAAUCAGGAUGAAAGUCAAAUUCAUUCGAAUUUGAUUAAGUCAAAGGAAGUUGGGGCAAGAAUUGCUGGCAUUCAAGAUGAGGUUAUGAAAGAGAAGAAAAAAGCUCAGCAGCAGUUUCAGCAGCAGCAGCAGCAGUACCAAGAACUGUAUGGGCAGGGUGGGCUGCCUCAGUUCGCAGGGAGUGCCCAGCCAGGAAAUCUACAGCAACUGGCAGCUAGUCCUCGACAGGCUUCUCCUUCUAGUCAAGGGGCCAUGCUGCGGGCUCCGUCCCCGUCCUCCCUUCCCUCUUCGGGUGCCAGGAAUAAGGUGCCUUCCUCCACCACUGACCUGACCUCAUCCUCUGCCUCCGGGGACUUCCAGACGCCCCCCUCUAGGGUCUCCCCGACUCCAGCUGGUCCUGCUAUUGGUGCUGAUGGGGUGGCAGGGGAAGGAACUGUGGAGGAACUACUGGGUCGACUGGAUCAGGCAAAGUUGAUUGACAGCGUGGAGGCUGAGGGAGCUCAGUUGGCCCAGUGGGUCAAGAUGGCUGACAGAGAAGGGUUUGAGGUGGAUGCUAUGAGCAUAGCUCUGGCUCAGUGCAGUCUCCAUAGCCUUGACCCUGUACAGUGGCUGCGCACCAACUGGACCAAUAACGUGACCCAGGUGGCCCUUCGAGCAGGCAAGAAGGGCCGGGAGGAGGACCAGAACUGUGUGGGAGAGCUCUCAUUGGCUGAGGCGAAGGCUGCUUACAUGAGUUGUAAUGGCAACAUAAAGGAAGCAGUGAACCUGUGUGUUCGGAACAGGAAGGAUCUGUAUGGCAAGCUCAGUGCGCUGGGUGAGUUCCCCCGAGAAGAGAUCUUGGAUGCAAUGCAGCAAAGCUGCGGUGACCAAGCUGCCUGUGAACAUUUUCUGCAAGCUUCCAAACUGUACCCGUUCAUUGGUCGUAUCUGGGCCCAGCGAGAAUCCGAAUGCGGUGACCACUUCCAGCUUCAGAACAUGACCAGCUCGGACAUGUGUCGCAGUUUCUCCACUAGUGUCAUUAACCAUUGGGAUUUUCAAAAGAUCAUCAGGGACAAAAACGUUGAUCUAGAUCGUCGCACCCGCAUGAUUUUGGUGGAGGGUCGUCUGAAGAGCUGGGGCCGGGCAGAGAUGGUGAUCAGCAUCUUAGACCAAGGAGUUCCACGGACUGAGGUCAGCCUGGAGGACGUAGUGGAGGCGGUGCGCAACUGUCGUGAUCGCCAGAGUGCCUUAGCCUACCUGCAGCAGGAGUGCCAGAUCUGCUAUGCUACAUUUCCCAUGAGCAAGAUUCACAGUCUGAACGUGUGCCAGUGCAAGCUGUGUGCCGAGUGCCUUACCCUGAACUUUGAGGUGGACAUCCGGGAGAAGCACGUACGUCAGUGGACAUGUCCAAUCUGCUCUCUGCCAGACCUCAACGACACAGACGUGGCCUCGGAGUACUUACAUUUUCUCAGCAUGUUGCUUCAACCUCUGAUCCAUGAAGAACUACACAACCUGUUUGAGACUAAGAUCCGUGACUGGCAUUUACAAAAGGAUGAGAACUUCCGCUGGUGUGCUCACUGUGCGGCAGGCUUUAUUGCAGAUAAUCGUCGACUUUGUAUGACAUGUCCUGCAUGUGGCUUGAAGACUUGCUACAGUUGCAAGAAGAAGUGGGAAGACCAACAUGAGGGGCUGACGUGCGAGCAGUUCAACCAAUGGAAGAUUGACAAUGACCCCACCAACCAGUCAGUGGGCCUGGCCAAACAUCUUGACCAGAAUGGCAUAGACUGCCCCAAGUGCAAGAUGAGGUUUGACCUGGCCAAAGGCGGCUGUAUGCAUUUCAAGUGCCCGGAGUGUGGCCACGAGUUCUGCAGCGGCUGUAACGAGGCGUACCACCACAAAAAUGUGUGCCAGAAGUACAAGAACUGUCGCCAGCUGGGCCUGCACUGCCACUGUCCCCGUGACUGUUUCUCCUACCUCCGAGACAACAGCGUCACUCAGCUACAGCAGCUGCUUAAGCAAAACAAGGUGGAUUUCAAUGUUGAUAUCCCUUCAGAUCAGGGCGAUGCCCAGUGCCCUGUGAUGGAGCAGAAAGAAUUGGACCGAUCGAGCCGGGAAGAGAAAUGUGGCAAGGACACUGAACCUGGCCAUGCUGGACUGUGCGAAUUGCACUACAAGGAGUACUUGACAGGGAUCGUGAAUGGCCACAGGAUCGACCCGGUUUCUAUCAUGUCACAAGAAGAGAUGCUGGCCAUGCUCAGGAAGUACGAUGUUCCGGUGCCGAACCAGAAGCAAAAUGAAACCCCUGUUGUUUUUGCUCAGCGACUAGUACAGGUUAUAAGAGAAAAACUGCCUCUGAGAAGAACCUGAUGAUGUCUCUGCCAUGUGGAGGAAGCCUUAGAGCUCGCGGACUACUCUUUGGCGUGUUUUCCUUGUUAUUUUGUUGAAUAACUGGAGCUUAAAAGAUUAAGUUUGCUCCUUUAAAUUAAGUUGUCAUGGAAAAUUGUCCGAGUAUUAUUUCUUCUACUUCUGGCAGUUGGGACUGGAUGUGAGGCUCAUGUGUUUUUUUGUAGUCAUGUUUGAACAGUAUUGAGCAUACAUUGACCUUAUGACUAUUUCUCUAAGCUGUCAUUUGCUGGUUUUAAGUCUUUCAGAUUUCAUGUAUUGAGUUCCAGUGAAGCAUGAUCAGAACAUCUAUUUUUUUUAGCUUUUGGAAUCUGUAACAUACUUUUCAUAUGUAUAAUUUGAACAUACCUUGAUUUAUAAGUCGGUAAAUUUGAAUGCAGAUAGGCCAAUGAGUUUGAAUUGGUCAAUGUGCAUGUCAGUUAUGUGUUUUGAAGAAUCAGCUGGAGGAAUGCACAUACAUUCUCCCCUGCAUGUGUUUCAUGUAACAGGCAUUUUGCUGGGGAUUCUUCUUCCUAUGGAGCAUUAUAUUUUUAUGUAAUGGUCUAUUUUCCCACUGGAUCAUAGCGCCCCCUGUCUUUCAGGCAUCCCUGAGUUGUUUAAAGGUACUGUAAUUUUUCGUUCAGAUCUGAGUCCUGUUUUUGGAGGGGGAUACAUUCUGUAAUAUCCAGGGCCAUAGCCUGGGUUAACCUUAUCUUCUUCGUCUUUCAAUCUCUGGAGUGUUUUCAAUGUGUACAGCGUGCACUUGGAACCUCUCUGUUUUUCGCUUUUAUCCAAGAAGACUAGGUACUGGAUAACAUUCUGUAGAAUCAGAAGUAGAAAACAACCCUGAAAGAUCUCAAGUUGUCCCAAGUCCUCACCUGCCUGACCCCAAUGUUAAGUCUGCUACUUUGUUGUGAGAGGUGAGCGACAUAUCUGCGGGUUACCGGGACACCCACCUUGAGGUACACGGUUCACUACUAAUUGUACCAUCAUUAUCAUGUAAAAUAUCUGUGUUAUUUAAUUUUUCUCUUGUUUUGAGACUUAUUUUUUUCAGUAAUAUGGUUUGCAACCUUUUCAUAUCUGAUUUUAUUUCUUUUAUGCUGUUUCUACUAUGCGUUUUUGUUUUAAUUAUCACGCUUGUUCAGCUACAAGAAGAAAUUCAUAUGGACUGAUGUUGUGGUCAUGGCUUUAUCUUCGAGAUCACUUACCAAAAGUGCUCUUUAAAAAUAUUUGUUACUAACAUACAUACAGAUAAGUUUUAAUUUUCUUUUAAUGAAAUGUUCAUGACUUUUGUGAAUAAAGCAUAAUGUUUUGGACA